UGUAGUUUUCCGCUUCCAUAAACAAGACGACUGCCAGAGUUAGCUGCCAGUCUUGUGUGCCUCUGGGCUGAGUCUCCCUCUGAGAGAGACAGACAUACUGACAGAGAAAGUGAGCAAGGGACUAGAGAGACGGAGAAAGUGAGACAACAGGAAAGAAGAAGAGCAGAAGGACAGGAAAACCUAUCAGAGGAGAAGAAAGGCAAGAACUGACAGAACAAGAGGAGAAGGGAGAAGAAGAGAGUAAACUACAGGCUGAGCUGGGUCUCUCUUCUUCUCCUCUAAAAGAAAAACAAUGGCAGAAAACAACACAAAUCACUUUCUGGAAAUACUUCAGUCUUUCGAUGCUGUGCCUCUGAUCAUAGCUUUCUGUGUGUCCAUGGCCGUGGGCCUGGUCUUGGGGGCCCUGGUUUACGUGAUCCUAACCUGGAUGUCCCGACGCAAAGCAGGCUCUGCCAACAUCACACGUCGCCCGGCUCAUCAAUCACAUUUUAAUUCCCGCAACCGCCCAGGCUUUAAUCGCAACAGCAGCUAUGACAGGCGCAGCAACAACAGUUUGGUCAGUGCUGCUUUCAGCUUUCACCGCCAGACGUCCUCUUCAGAUCACCUUGACUCUCCAGGGCAGAAAUCUAUUUUCAAGGCCUCUACUUUCCACCCUCUCAUUCAGUGCAGCCAAAUUGCAAGGAAGGCAGAGGAAGGAAGCCAGACCACGCUGCCUCGUACACCGACUCUGACCACACCAACUGGAACAGGUCAAACUCCAGCCCAGCCAGCUGCUACCCCACCCAGACCUGAGUCAUUUCUGGGGAACAACAGCCCAAGGGGCUUUCAUGCAACACAGACCCCACCUCCAGCAUACGAGAGCAUUAUUAGAGCUUAUCAGGAAACAGACACUUGAGGAGCAAUGGCACCAUGCUGACAAAAACUGAAUGAGCUCAGAGUUGUAAAUAGAUUCAGAAAUAAUGGACAAAACCUGUCUUCAUUUAUAUGAUCAGGGGAGUUGGAUUUAGCAGACAUCUGAUAACUAUGCAAAAGAGAGAAUAACUAUGUAAGCAUACCCCGAAGGGAGACAAGGAUUUAUGUGUUAUCUUGUCAAUAAUACUGUAGCUGUGUCACUGAUUUAUCUAUGCAAAACUUGGUGAUAACUGCUUCAAACCCCUUUGAUGUUUUAAUUACUGUCACUUUUUUAUUUUUUUAUUUUUUACAGUUGUGGUAUAUAGGUGUGUGUUCCCUUUAAAGUAAAUUUAGUCCGUUUGCAUGUACAGUAUCGGUAAGCAUGAGAGAGGUCCACAGAAAAAAUUGGAUUAGGUGUAUGAAGUUUUUGUAUGUUAUGUAUCUCUAAAGUAUGCUCAUAAGUUAAUGUAAUAAAAGCAACAAUCAAAUACAAGUUUUCCCUUACAAAGUCUAGGGGUGAUGGUUUCUAGCACAAAAAAGCAGUACCUUUAUCCUUAUCUUGCUUAAGGUAACGAACGCAUGGUUAUAAAGAUAAGAACACUACAAAAUAUG